AUGCCUCAAAAAGAAAGCUCCCCGCGCGGGUAUCAACAAGUGCCUUCGAGCACCGAGCAAAAUGACGCCUCUGUGCACAUUCGCAGCAGCACCAAGAGCAAGGAUGCCUUUGACUUCUCUUUUGAAGCUAUCCGCCAGAACCUUUUCCGUGUCAGCUUCUCCUCGCCAAAGCAUGUCAUUCCUCCCUACCCAAGCGUCACCAAGCCCGAGACCGAUCUCAAGAACGUCAAUGUGUCCGCCAGCUCCUCCGAAACCUCCAAGACCAUCAAUGUUGGCGGCGUCACCGCUACCGUCGAGUGGGAGCAGACUCCCGUUGUUUCGCUGGCCUGGACCGGCUCCGAUAAGCUCCUGCAUCGCGAUCUGCCUCUGCGCUCAUACGUUGCUGACGGAGAGGGUGUCGCGCACUACUCCGUACAUGACCGGGAGGCAUUGCACGUCGGUCUAGGCGAGAAGGCUGCGCCGAUGGAUCUCACUGGCCGCUCCUUCCAGCUUUCCGCGACCGAUUGUUUCGGAUAUGAUAACUACAAUACCGAUCCCCUUUACAAGCACAUCCCGUUGUUGAUCAAGGCCACUCCCGAAGGCUGCGUUGCUUUCUUCUCGACAACCCAUGGUCGUGGCUCCUGGUCUGUCGGUGCUGAGAUUGAUGGUCUUUGGGGCCACUUCAAGAUCUACCGCCAGGACUACGGUGGUUUGGAACAGUACAUGAUUGUUGGAAAGAACCUGCAGGAAGUUGUUCGGUCAUACGCUGAGCUGGUUGGAAUGCCCCUACUCGUUCCCCGUUGGGCCUACGGCUAUGUUUCAGGUGGCUACAAGUACACUAUGCUUGAUGAGCCUGUUCGUGCCCAUCAAGCACUCAUUGACUUUGCUGAGGAACUGGAGUCGCACGGUAUUCCUUGCUCAGGCCACCAGAUGAGCUCCGGAUACUCUAUCUCUGAGCACGAGCCUAAGGUUCGAACUGUGUUCACCUGGAACUACUCCCGCUUCCCUGACCCAGAGGCGUGGGUUAAGAAGAUGCACGCGCACGGUAUUCGUCUGAUCAGCAACAUCAAGCCCUUCCUUCUCGCUUCCCAUCCCGAUUUCAAGCAUCUGAUCGAUUCCCGCGGUUUCUUCCAGGACGACGACAAGGAGCCUGGAUACAUGCAGCUCUGGAGUGCUGGAGGUGCCACCGGUGGUGAUGGCUGCCACAUCGAUUUCACAUCCGAAGCCGCCUUCAAAUGGUGGUUCGACGGCGUCCAAAAGCUCAAGAAGGUCGGCAUCGACGGCAUGUGGAACGACAACAACGAAUACACUCUCCCCACCGACGACUGGACUCUAGCCCUCGACGACGCAAUGGUCAACAGCAAAGUAAAGAACACCCUCCCCAACAGCGUCGGUCAAUGGGGCCGCGCCCUCCACACCGAGCUAAUGGGCAAAUCCUCCCACGACGCCCUCCUCGACGCCGAGCCAAAGUCCCGACCCUUCGUCCUCACCCGCAGCGCCACAGCCGGUACAAUGCGUUACGCCUGCAGCACCUGGUCCGGCGACAACGUCACAAGCUGGGAAAGCAUGAAGGGAGCCAACGCCCUCUCCCUCAACGCAGGCAUGUCCCUCAUGCAAUACGAAGGCCACGACAUCGGCGGCUUCGAAGGACCCCAGCCCUCCCCCGAACUCCUCCUCCGCUGGAUCCAACUCGGCUGCAACUCCAUCCGCUUCACAAUCAACUGCUUCAAGACCUCCCCCGACAACAACUCCGUUGGCGAAGUCAUCGAGCCUCACAUGUACCCCGAGAUCACUCCCCUCGUGCGCGACACCAUCAAGCGUCGCUACGAAAUCAUGCCUUACAUCUACUCGCUCGGCCUAUCCAGCCACCAGACCGCUUCGCCGCCGCAGCGCUGGACCGGCUGGGGCUACGAGUCCGAUCCCGAGGUGUGGACAAAGGCCCUCAAGGCCGGCGACACGCAGUUCUGGUUCGGCGACUCGAUGCUCGUCGGCGGCGUCUACGAGCCCGGCGUCAACGUCGCGAAGAUGUAUCUCCCCCGCAAGUCGGGCUCCGUCUUCGACUACGGCUACGUGAACAUGAACGCCCCGUACACUUACUACCCGUCCGGGCAGUGGGUUGAGAUCUCCUCCGAGUGGCGUGAGAGCAUCCCUCUGAUCGCCAAGAUUGGAGGCGCGAUCCCCGUGGGCAAGAAUGUGCAUACUCGUGUACCGGGUGAUGAGACUGCGGCUUCGCUGGGCGUGAAGGAGCUAGAUGAUUACCGUGGUGUGGAGGUCUUCCCGCCCAAGGGAUCUUCGCAUGGAACUGUCUUUGAGAAUACUUGGUUCGAGGAUGAUGGUAUUUCGCAGGUUACUAAGAUCUCCAACUACACUCUGAGCUAUAGCUCUACUGAGGAGAAGGUGCUUGUGCACCUCCAGCGUGAUGAGAGCAGUGGCUUUGUGCCUGCUUGGAAGGAGCUGGAUGUCGUUCUUCACCAUGGAGACGCUCGCGUUGUGGUUACCUCCUCUGGACAGGAGAUUGUGGCCAAGGGCGCUGAUUCCCGUGGUCGGUUGGUGUACACUAUUAAGGCUUGA